AUGCUUUGGAAAGUUGCCUUGUCCAUUUUUCUGAUGGCAGUGCUGGUUCGAGUAACAGACACCAGGAAAAACCGUCCUGCAGGCGCCAUUCCCUCCCCUUACAAAGACCUCAGCGGUAACCACUCGGAGCGGAGGCAGCAGCUGAAUAAGGAGGUGCUGGCCUCCAGCCAGGAGGCCCUGGUGGUCACUGAAAGGAAGUAUCUCAAGAGUGACUGGUGCAAGACACAGCCCCUGCGGCAGACUGUCAGUGAAGAGGGCUGCAUAAGCCGUACCAUCAUCAACCGCUUUUGCUAUGGGCAGUGCAACUCCUUCUACAUACCACGACAUGUGAAAAAGGAGGAGGAGUCCUUCCAGUCCUGUGCUUUCUGCAAGCCACACAAGGUCACUUCUUCAACUGUGCAGCUGGAGUGCCCUGAGCUGGACCCACCUUUCCGACUGAAGAAAAUUCAGAAGGUCAAGCAGUGCCGGUGUAUGUCUGUGAAUCUUAGCUCAGGCAAACUGUGA